AACUCUGUGAGAUGCUGGGAGCUGUGGAGACCCCCUCAGCCUGCAUCCUGGCUUCAGAACAGGGUGGCUGUACAUUUGGGUUUCUUCCCUUGUCAGAACCCACAAAAUUCCCCCCAAUGUUUUGUGGAAGCAGUGUUUUGUGGAAAUGAUGCUUUGUGGGAGACUCUGGACAGCUUUUCCACGCUUUAAAGUACCAUAAUCCACCUAACACGAAGCGUGGGUUUUCAGCGCUUCUUUUGCAUCUGGUAGGGCUCAGAGCAAGACGCCUAUCUGUCGAAUUAAGAACGUUUAAGACCAUUUUUAUUGAUGCACAUCGUUUCCUAACGCGCGACGGCGGGCUGCCUCCCCUCAGCCGCACAAGAUGUCCGCCGGCCCCAACGGCCGCCACCUGCCGCGAGGGCGGCGCCGCCGCCGCUGAGGGGGAGCCCCGCGGCCCGCCCCGCUGCGGGAUCGGCCCCUCACCGGGCUGAGGUCGGCACCGGCACCGGCACCGCCAAGGGGAGCGGGGAGCUCCGCCGACACCGCCGGGUUCUAAAGGAGGGAAUGUCGAGGAGAAAAACGUGAUUUCUGCUAGCUGUCUGUCGUGAUUAGAGAGCAGGGAAGAGUCUUUGAAGAAGCUUCCUGUCGGAAUGCCUCACAUCAAUGCAGCUGCAGCUCUGCAGUUCUGCAUGCUGCUGUCCGCGCUUCCUGCACAGUAUUUCCUAUCCCAGUGGUAUGGAACAGACUCCGCUCAGCGCAUCCAGAUAACAGAAAGGUUGCUAAUUGCCUGUGGGAGCAGCUUUACCAAGUCCUACCUGAGUGUGGAUGCGUGGGCAGAUCGUUUAAAGCUGUGGCUGUUGAAGACAAGGAACUGGUACUUCGGAGAAAAGAAAAUUAAAAGUGCCAACACUGAAGCAGAAAACCAUUCUUAUUUUGCAGAAUCAACUCAGGUUCGCAGCCCAAAGCCUGAGUCCAUCCAGUUCAGUGUGGGCCAGGUGAUAGUUCACAAAAGACUUGGUUACUCAGGAGUCAUUGUUGGAUGGGAUGUAAAAGCUAAAGCUCCAGAAGAAUGGCUACAACACAAAUAUCCUCCAGCAAAACAGGAUGUAAGAGAUACUCCUCACUAUCGAAUUCUAAUUAACAAAGCAAAUGGAUUUGGCAAAUCUACCACUUACAUUCCUGAGGAAGAGAUAACGAUUAUUAUGGGAUUAGAGGUGCACCACCCUGAUAUGAAGGCCUAUUUCAGCGGAUAUGAUGGCUCAAAAUACAUUAUGCAGCCGUGGUUGAAAAAAAUCUAUCCUCAUGACUGAAGUGUUCAGCUAUUUGUACAUAUGAUGUGCAUCUGGACAACAUGGUUCCUUUUUAAACUUGAGCAGACACCAGGAUAAAGCUAAUGUAUAUUUUUUUCCUAUGAUGAAAUAAAAUGUUCCUAAGCAAGUU